AUGGAGAAGCUUGAUUAUACGAAGCUGAAACAGUUGAACCUAGGAGUCCUUCGAACGAAGAAUAUCUUGGACUCAGGUAAGAGAGAAUCAAUUAAGCAGCAUCUCGAUGCGCUACGUGAGACUGUUUGGGAAUCAAACGAACUUAAACGAGCUGCUGAAGCGGCAAAAAUCGAACUAGGCGAAAGCGUCGAGAAAAUUAAUGAUUGGAACAAUGAGACUGACGCUAAGAUUGAACUGGCGGACGUUGAAAUUGAUCAGUUAGAGAGUUGGCUUGCGGAAAAGGAACGUUCCGAGCAUCUCGUAGCGCAAGAGAAGCAGUUUAAUGUUGAGUUAAAACUGCAUGAAAAACGCAUGAAAAUGAAGGCUGAACUUGAACUAA